CACUCACUGCCUCUCCCCCAACGACAAUGCCCCGCACAAUCACCCUCUCAGACGGCAAAAAGGUCCCCGCGAUCGGAUGGGGUAACGGCACGGGCGGCCUCGCUGCGUCCGGCACCAAGGCCAUUGACGCCGGCGCGAUCGCCCUCGCCGACGGCAUCCUGCACAUCGACACGGCGCAGCUGUACCAGACCGAGGCCGAGACGGCGGCUAGUAUUAAGAAGGCGGGGGUGAAGAGGGAGGAGGUGUGGAUUACGACCAAGUUGUCGGACAACACCAUCGCCGCCAAGGCCACCACCGCGGCCAACGUCCGCGCGUCCAUCCUCGAGUCCAUCGCCAAGCUCGAGACCAUCCCGGACCUGGUGCUCAUCCACAACCCGUACGUGCCGGAGAAGGGCAAGAUUGGCGAGUUCUGGACGUACCUCGAGGACCUGGUGUUGGACGGCACGCUCAAGGGCGCGUCGCUUGGCUUUUCAAACUUCCGCCCGCAGGACAUUGACGACGUGCUCGCCGUGGCGCGGAUCAAGCCGGUCGUGAACCAGCUCGAGUACCACCCCUUCCUCCUCACCCAGCUCGAGCCGCUGCUCGCCAAGCAGGCGGCGCUGGGCAUCGUGACGCAGUCGUACGGCCCCCUGUCGCCGCUCCUCCGCCACCCCUCGGGCGGCGGCUCGCUCAAGGUCGUGCUGGAGCGCAUCGCUUCCGAGCGCGGCGUGGACCCCGCAUCGAUCCUCCUGCUGUGGACGGUCCAGAAGGGCGUCGUGGCCGUCACGACGUCCACCAACGCCGAGCGCAUCCAGAAGCUCGCCGACGUCGACGCGCUCGAGGACCUCACUGCCGAGCAGAUCGCGGAGAUUGACGCCGCAGGCAAGAAGGCGCACUACCGCUUCUACAAGGAGCACAUGUUCGAGGACUUUCCCGUGCCCGACCUCCCCGAGGACGCUUAAGCGCGUAUAGAUGAUAGAUGAGGGCUGCGGCGUG